AUGAUAACAGGAGCAAAAUGGUUUUGGAAUGGAUUAAUGAAUUAUACCUCCAGAGCUUAUAAUAAAAAGAAAGAACAUUUCAACGAGAAUGAUUUGGUUCAAGAUAUUUCAAAUAAACACUUUAUAGUAACAGGUGCCAAUAGUGGAAUAGGUUAUGAAACCUCAGUUCAAUUAUCAAAAAGAGGAGGUAAUGUCCAUUUAGUAUGUAGAAGUAAAGAAAAGGGGGAAAAAGCUUUAAUGGAAAUUAAAGAGAAAACCAAUUCAGAUAAAGUUCAUUUACAUGUUUGCGAUAUAUCAUUAAUUAAUGAUAUAAAGUCUUUUGUUCAGCAAUGGAAAGACAAUGGAAAUCAAAGAGUUGAUGUUCUAAUCCACAAUGCGGGUGUAAUGAAUAAAGAAAGAGAGGAAACCUCGGAAGGAAUAGAGAAAACAUUUGCAACUAACAUAUUAGCCCCUUUUUUAUUAACAGAAUUAUUGGUUAUAAGAAACGAUAUGGCCAACAAUGGGACCAGUAAUGAAAAGAAAAGGGUUAUAUUUGUUACAUCAGCUGGUAUGCUUACUCAAAAGAUGAAUUGUGAUUUUCAAUUUAAUAACGUUAAAGAAGGAAAACAAAAAUGGGAUGGUAUGUUAGCAUAUGCUCAAACUAAAAGAGAAAUGGUUUACCUCACGGAAUUAUUUGCUGAAAAAAAUAAAGAUAUUAACUUUUAUACUAUGCAUCCAUGUUGGACCAAUACUGAAGGUUUAACUAAAUCAAUGCCAAUGUUUAACAAGUUGGUUGGAUCUCAACUUAGAACUCCAGAAGAAGGUGCCGAUACAAUUGUAUGGCUAUCAAUGUCUCCAACCGUUGAAAAUAACUCAUCUGGUCUUUUCUUUGAAGAUCGUCAUUCAGUCGACAAAUACAUUCAUAACUCUCACACAGAAUCUCCCAAAGAAGAUGUUGACAAAUUAUGGAAUUAUUUAAAUGAUUUUUUAAAUAAAUAA